AUGGACCCCCGCCGCAUCCAUAUCGCGGUCCUAGACACCGACGUCCCCUGUCUCUCCGUCUACAACAAACGAGGCCUCUACAGCUCCCAAUUUCGCGUCCUACUCCAAGCAGCCGCAAACCGUAUAAAUCAAAAUGCCAACACCACCCUCCAAAACGGCCCGCUAGCCAUACAUGUCACGGCCUUUGACGCCGUCGGCGGUUCACUGCCACCUCUCGAGUUUCUUCGCGCAAGCCCACGUACCUCGACCGAGCCCGUCAACGGGCCAUUCGGAGUCAUCGACGCUAUCCUGAUUACGGGGUCAGCUUCGUCGGCAUAUGACCCGUUCCCCUGGAUCGCAGAGCUUCAGUCCUUCAUCCAAACGGUUUAUGCGAAUUACCCACUUGUGAAGAUAUUCGGGUCCUGCUUCGGUCAUCAAAUUAUCGCGCAAGCACUUCUCUCCACACCUACGAGUAACACACCUAUUACCAACACUUUCAGUGUCCAGCCCGCACAGACGGGUUUCGAAAUGGGUAUUCACUCUAUCAUCUUAGACCCCUCAUUCACAGCACAAUUCCCACCACUCGUACGGACAACUUCCAAAGGACCGUUCCGCAUCCAGCUCAUCCACGGCGAUCAAGUACUGCCUACUCCGCAAGCUGUCGCCGCAGCUACAUCCGCAGGACAGACAUCCGUCGCCCUACCCGCGCCAUGGAUGAACAUCGGCAGUAGCGCGGCCUGUCCGAUUCAAGGACUGUACAUCCACGGUCGAAUCCUGACGUAUCAGGGUCAUUUUGAAUUUGAUACAUUCGUGAAUAGCGAAUUAGCUGCCGAAUUUGGACGGCGCUCGGGCUGGUCUGCGGCGCAGGUUGCCGAGUAUGUGGAUCAGAUUAAUGUUUCGCAGGUUCCGGGACAGGAAGAAGAUGAUGAUGACUCUAAAGCUGCGGCGGAAGCCGUGGUGCUUUUCUUUGCGGGGGAAGAUCAAGGUACCACCAAGUUUGAGGGUGUACAGGUGGCAGAUGGAUUGAUGACGCCGCCGCUUGAGGAGGUUUCUGCGUGA